AGCGAGAAGCGAGUGAGGGGGUAUAAAUAGCGGUGAGGGCGAAGCUGAGACAGUUAGAGACUCAGAGACCUUCAGAGAACAUCAGGAGAUCCAGCAGAGGAGAAAGAAGCAUCACAGCGCUCUGCGCAGGAAACUCUGGACUACAGCCUGAAAGGAAACCCAGCCAAGAUGUGUGCAGCUAAAAACGUGGCCGUCGGCAUCGACCUGGGCACCACCUACUCCUGCGUGGGGGUUUUCCAGCAUGGAAAAGUGGAAAUCAUCGCCAACGACCAGGGCAACAGGACCACCCCCAGCUACGUGGCCUUCACCGACACCGAGAGGCUGAUCGGGGACGCGGCCAAGAACCAGGUGGCCCUGAACCCCAGCAACACGGUGUUUGACGCCAAGAGGCUGAUCGGCAGAAAGUUUGAAGAGCCGGUGGUGCAGGCCGACAUGAAGCACUGGCCCUUCGAGGUGCUUUCAGACGGAGGCAGGCCCAAAAUUCAGGUGGAGUACAAAGGGGAGAACAAAGCCUUCUUCCCUGAGGAGAUCUCCUCCAUGGUCCUGGUGAAGAUGAAGGAGAUCGCCGAGGCCUACCUGGGCCACAAGGUGUCCAACGCCGUGGUCACGGUCCCCGCCUACUUCAACGACUCCCAGCGACAGGCCACCAAAGACGCAGGCGUCAUUGCGGGACUCAACGUCUUGAGGAUCAUCAACGAGCCCACGGCGGCCGCCAUCGCCUACGGUCUGGACAAAGGCAAGUCAGGAGAGAGAAACGUCCUGAUCUUUGACCUGGGCGGAGGCACCUUCGACGUGUCCGUCCUGACCAUCGAGGACGGCAUCUUUGAGGUGAAGGCCACGGCCGGAGACACUCACUUGGGAGGAGAGGACUUUGACAACCGCAUGGUCAAUCACUUUGUGGAGGAGUUCAAGAGGAAACACAAGAAGGACAUCAGCCAGAACAAGAGAGCCUUGAGGAGGCUGCGCACAGCUUGCGAGAGGGCCAAGAGGACCCUGUCCUCCAGCUCCCAGGCCAGCAUCGAGAUCGACUCUCUGUUCGAGGGUGUGGACCUGUACACCUCCAUCACCAGGGCUCGCUUUGAGGAGCUGUGCUCCGACCUGUUCAGGGGAACCUUGGAGCCCGUGGAGAAGGCUUUGAGGGACGCCAAGAUGGACAAGGGCCAGAUCCAUGACGCGGUCCUGGUGGGAGGCUCCACCCGAAUCCCCAAGAUCCAGAAGCUGCUGCAGGACUUCUUCAACGGCCGGGAGCUGAACAAGAGCAUCAACCCGGACGAGGCGGUGGCUUACGGCGCCGCCGUCCAGGCCGCCAUCCUGACGGGAGACACGUCGGGGAACGUCCAGGACCUGCUGCUGCUGGACGUGGCUCCUCUGUCUCUGGGGAUCGAGACGGCCGGAGGAGUGAUGACGGCCCUGAUCAAACGCAACACCACCGUCCCCACCAAGCAGACCCAGGUGUUCAGCACCUACUCCGACAACCAGCCCGGGGUCCUGAUCCAGGUCUACGAAGGGGAGAGAGCCAUGACCAAGGACAACAACCUGCUGGGCAGGUUUGAGCUGACGGGAAUCCCGCCCGCUCCACGAGGGGUCCCGCAGAUCGAGGUCACCUUUGACGUGGACGCCAACGGCAUCCUGAACGUGUCCGCGGUGGACAAAAGCACCGGCAAAGAGAACAAGAUCACCAUCGCCAACGACAAGGGCCGACUGAGCAAAGACGAGAUCGAGAGGAUGGUGCAGGACGCCGAGGACGAGCUGCAGAGGGACAAGAUAGCUGCCAAGAACUCCCUGGAGUCCUACGCUUUCACCGUGAAGAGCAGCGUGGAGGACGAGAGCUUGAAGGGCAAGAUCAGCCAGGAGGACAAGAAGAAGGUGGUGGACAAGUGCCAGGAGACCAUCAGCUGGCUGGAGAACAACCAGCUGGCUGAGAAAGACGAGUACCAACACCAGCAGAAAGAGCUGGAGAAGGUGUGCAACCCCAUCAUCAGCAACUUGUACCAGGGAGGGAGGCCCACUGGGAGCUGCAGAGAGCAGGCAGGAGCCCACAGCCAGGGGCCCACUGUGGAGGAAGUGGACUGAAGGACCACUGGUGGUUUCACCUUUUUCUCAUCUUGAUGUUUUUCUUCCUCUUUCUAAAUAUAAUUUGCAUCUGAAUGUAUUUUUCAUCUUAAAGCUGCUGGACAAUGUAAUAAAGAUGAGAAAAACGAUUCCAGACUGUUUGUUGUUGAGAAAUAUAUUUUAAAAACUGAGCUGUAAUUUCAGAUGUUCUUGAGUCAUCAUGGUCACAAUUGAACUGUAAAAACUUUAUGUUUGAGUUAUGAUCAUUAAAGUUGUAAAUAUUU